GCACGAAUAGUUAUCCGCGGGAUUACAGUUGUAACGUUGCACAUCUAUGUCUCGCUCAUCAAAAGAAGAUUGGGUUUGUAGUGAUCCAAAAUGUAAAAAUGUGAAUUUUGCUAAAAGGGACAAGUGCAACCGUUGUGACAAGCCUAGGAAAUUUGUGGCUUCAGGUAAUGCUGGUUUAGAGGUCGGGAAACAGUUAGCUGAAAAAAGCAAAGGUCUUUUCAGUCCAGAUGAUUGGAUUUGUAAGACAUGUGGAAAUAUCAACUGGGCACGUCGAAGUACCUGCAACGUGUGCAAUGGCUCGAAGGUCGACAUACAAGGCGAAAGAACAGGUUAUGGUGGAGGGUUUAUGGAGCGUGAUGAAGUAGUAGAGUACAGAGAACGCAGAGACUCAGAUGAUGAGUUUGAUGAAUUCGGUCGUAAAAAGAAAAGCUUUCGAAAAAAUCAGAGUGAGCAAUUUAGCAACCAUGACUCGUCCAAUUUGGGUAACAAUUCUGUUACACGAGUUCAUGAUAAAGAUGAUGAGGACGAAAAUGGCAAUAAUAAAGGUGAUGAUAGUGAAGAUGAAGAUUCUGGUGAUGAUGCUGAUCUCUCAAAGUAUGAUAUUUGGGGGGCAGGAAACAACGAUUCGGAUGAUGAGUUAUCAAAUCAACGAAAACCUGCAUCUUCACAAGAAGCUGCAAUAAACAAGUCACGAAGUCAUAGCCACUCUUCUUCUUCGGAUUCAGACUCUGAUUCUUCCUCAUCUUCUAGCCAGACCUCACAUUCAUCACGCUCUGACUCAUCAUCAAGUUCCCACAGUGAAGCAUCUUCCAAACUCGAAAAUCAAUCCAAUAGCAAACGAUCUCAUCCUAACAACGGGAAUGCAGACAAUGAUAGUGACAACUCAACUCGUGUAAACCACAAACGAAAAAAACAAUAAUGGACAACAGCAGCACGAUCGAUUGAUGUCCGGUACAGAGAGAAGUGCCAAUCCCUAAUAUAAUCUCUACGCUCCGUGUCGCUUAUAUAUAUAUAUAUAUAUAUAUAUAUAUAUAUAUAUGCAUUAUACUUUGCGUAGUAGUUACUUCGUUAGCGAUCUUUUUUAAAUUAAUUUAUCCUAAACAAAUCUGUAAGCUCCAAUCUAGGUGUAAUCGAUAUGGGUCUAUGAGAAUCUCAUAGAAACUAGUAUCGAAGCGUUUAUGGACACAAAAAUAAAUAUAGUCCACAAUGAAAUGUUCGAAAAAGCAGUCAACUUUCCACUUUGGAAGCACCAAUCAAAAACUUAUUGUUUACUACCCAUUCCUCACCCCCCCCCAAAAAAAAACUUGAAUAGUGAUAGACUUCACGAUCCGUUAACAAGUUGUAUUUUUGGUAAAUCUUGACUCUGUAAAUCUUUUAGGUUAGACUUCAUAAUCACCAACAAUUUGUCGAAGUAUUAAUUUGGAGAAAUUCAUAGUUCUUUUGGUAUUGUGCAGCCACUGACAUCAAAAGUUCAGUUUCAUAUAAAUAUCAACUAUAAUCUUCAUAUGUCCAUCAUCCAUAGAUUUCUGUGGAGUAACCCAUUCAUAUUAUAGUUGGAUAUCUUACACAAAUAAUCUUAACUUUCAAACAUUUAUUUACUUGGUCGUUAUUAGUUUUUCAGUAAUUCUAUAUCCUCAUUAGCUUAAAGAGGGGAGUCAGUUUUGUUCAACAACCUUACUCAUAUCAAUAUGAAAACUAGUGCUAACACAAAUUUGUCCCAGUCUCUACGUUCAUUAUGGCUAACUGAUCAGUCUUUUUAUUAAAUCAUUUCGAUUUCCAUAAAAUUGACCUUUAUAUUUUUUCCCAUUGUUUAUAUUAAUAUAAUAUUUACUGUAAUCGUUUGUCCAUUUAUUCAACUAUCAGAUAUACACAAUAUCCAAUAUAAAACUUUAAAUUAAAACCUCAUAUAGAAGAGUACUGGUGAUGCAAUUUCGUUGUUUGUUUAGCACAGCAGUGAGAUAGCUUUAAAUAUAUUAAUAAGUCGAUUUAUAUUGCAAGAAUUUCGUAGCAUACCAUGAUGAGAAAAGUCGAGAAAAAUGUAAUUUCAAUUGGAUUAGUAAAGGAUAUGAAGUAAAAAGUAGUUAAUUAUGCAAGACUAUAAGCUAAACAGUGUGGUUAUAAAACUAUACAGAGCAGUUUCAAGUUGCAUUUUCAGCUACUAAUAACAUUCUAGGUCAUUGUUCAUGUUACUAAGAUGUAUGGAUACAAUUAAUUCAUUCGCUGACCUAAACGUUUCUAUCUCAUCGACCUAAUGCCAGUCACUACUUAGACAUAUGUAAUAUGAAUCAACCAUAUAAAUCACUACAGGUCCAUAACCUAAUAAGCAAAAACGCGUACUAUGCAUGGAAAAUUCAGUUAAGUCACUACAUCGUUCAUUUCAUCCUUGCAUAAUAUCGCCUUAAUGACCCUUUAGACAGCAGUAAACCAGCUAUGUGCCAUACUCCUAUAUGUUCUUUUAAUGAACAGGGAAACUGUUUAUUGUUGGACAGUGUGUACCAUUCAUCUUUACCAAAUCUUUCCCCAAUCAAUAGUGAAAUCUUGAAGUAAGUUGUUUGAUUACUUUGUUUUCCAAUAUCAAACUGGGUAUGAGCAUCCUGGCAACUAGAAAGUCAUCUAUUAUGGUAAUUUCCUAACUCCUGUUGAUUAAUAGAUCUUAUAUUUAAUUUACAAGUACCUUGUAUUUUGAUUUAGAUAGUGAUUUUAUACGGCUCAAUGAAGCUACUCCCUCAUUUCCAUCACUACAAGGAAUUUCAUUUUAUAAAUAACCAAAUAAUUAAUUUUUCAUUUAUCUUAGUUCUUUUAAGUUGACUGAUGGCUGAUUAUUUAUCCCUGUUUUUUCUUCAUUGCUCCGAAUUCAUGUAUCAUUGUGUUCAUCAUCGGGAAAUGCGAUCAUCAUGCCUCAUUUUUUCACAACCUAUUCUGUUGGCAUUCAAAUCAUAAACAUUAUACCUAUCAGGCCACUCCUGUAAAACAACAGUUAUUCAGGACAGCAAUUUUUUUCUAUCUCCUUUACCUACAAAAUAAUUAAAUUACAGUAUAAAGAUGUCAUUGUAUAUUGUUCAUCAUUCCUAUGUCAGCUUCAAUGUCAUCUUCACCUUUUUGCAACUCUAUCCCCCUUUUUGUAUGUGUGUGUGUGUGGUUAUAUCAUUGGGAUUUAUUUCCUGUCUUUCUCUUAAAAUAAGGAUCAUAUAAAGGAUCUAAAUAUAAUUAUUCUGCUCUCUUCUUAUUAUAAUUAUUCGUAACAUUAGUUAAUUUACAUCUAUUCUACUUAUGUGUAUAUGUACAGUGUUCAUAUUAUGCUUUAUAUAUAUAACAUCUUUUAUUGA